AUGGAGAUGUCGCGGAUCCAGCAGCAGGCAGCAAAUGAGCUUGAUACCAUCCUGAACUGGGUGAAGGACGACAGCAUCGAUGGUGUGACCCGUCAGAAGCGGGUGGUGGUGUUUGCUUCGUGGAUCGACGAGUUGGAUGCUCGCGCAAGGUCAGGCACAACACACUGUGCGAAGAAUGUGAAGGAUUCGCUGCGCGAAGUUCGCAACAACAUCUCCCACAUGAACGACAACGGCGAAGGGGGCUUCUCCUCGGAUAUUCCCAUGCCGCUGCAAGCCUCUGUGAAGCUCUAUGUGAGCAAGCUCCGCGGGUUGCCGCUGGAUCAGAUGAUCGCAGGUGACGCCGAGCGGCUCGCCGCCAUCGCCGCCGACGACGAGAAUGCGGCGGCCUUGGGCAUGUUUCUCGGUCUCAAAAAGGCUAACGAGUCGAUGCAUCGCACCUUCAACCCCGGGUACUUUACGCCACUUCCGGAGCUGCAGUUCUCCAACGGCCACCAGCCCAAGAUCAUGAGCUGCGAUGCGACGCGACUCACGCAAGCACUGCGCGACGCUGGCUUUGGCCUCGUCUCUCCGCUCGCCUACGCCUUUGGAAACCUGGAUCGAGAGAGGCGGAUCCUGCUCAAGGAGGUCAACGAGCAGAUCAGCGGUUUUGAAGUGCUGGACAUGGUGGAUGUUGUGGGUGAGCUACUCGGCGAGGAUAUCCUUGACAAGCGACAUGACCGGCGUGUUUACGCCAUGAUGAAGGCGGCGUACAAAGCGAAGGAGGUCAACGCUAAGGAAUGGACCACCAACAAUGGGCUACUUCGGGCAUUCGAGCAACAGAAAAGUUGGGGCAAGUUGUUGUACAAUCUGUGUCAAGGGAGUGAGACGGAGCUGUUUUUGAUGCUCAACACGAGGGCCGCGUGCGAGAAGAAGGCAGCAGCCGAUUACACUGCCUUCUGCAACACCGGCCAGCUGCUGAAGCAGAUCACUGAGUUUCUCAAGAUCAAGCUCAAUACUGCCGUGACGUCACUCGAGGAUCAGAUCGAAAGACGUUGCGCAUCGACGCAGCCCUUGCUGGCGGUGGUGGCAUCCGGGGGCUUGUGCAGGCCAUCGCCUCGGUUGCCUCUGCCCCGGGUACGCUCUUCGACCAGCCGUGCGAUAGGCAGCAUGCAGACAUCGGAUUUCUCUUUGAUGACUCUUUCACCUGGCCCAAGAACUGUCCGCAGUGUGCUGAGGAGAUUGCCUGCGGCCGUGAUGAGGACAUGUGUCGGAAUGGGUUCGAGGCCGAUUGGGCCGGCAGGCACACAAAGCUCGACAUCGGGGCAUACAGCAAGGACCUGGAGCGAUGCAAGGAGCAGAAUGAUAUCGAGACUGCCGAGGCUAUUUUGGACAAUAUGGCCAAGUAUGGCAUCGACGCCGAUCAGUACGUCUGCAUGGUCAUGAUUACGAUCUACGAGAAAGCGAGCAUGCAUAGGAAGAGCAAGCGCGUGCAUGAUUGGAUGAUCAUGUACAACAUGGUGCCCAGUUAUAUGGUGCGUGAGGCGCUAAGAGGUAGGAGGCGACUCCGAUAAGGGCGCGUAUGGGUAGAGAGCGUGUUGUUGGCCUGACGCAAUGAAAGAUGACCGCAAUGCA